AAAAGCAAAAGAACAUAAUUUUCUUUGAAGAAACUAAUGAUUCUUCUUCGCCCAUAAACAAAACUAAACUCUUUCAUUCAUUUAUAUUCCCUUCGAUCUCUUCCUUGUUCUUCACCUCUUUCAUUCAAUACAAUCAAAAUGAGUACACAAAUUUGGGGUUUGGUGGCCCUUUUUCUGCUGCAAUCUUUCCUUAUGGGGGAAGCAAUGGCGACGGCGGUGGCGGUGGAGAAGGCAGAGGCGUCAAUGCCAAUGACAACAUGGUCGCCGCCGGAAGGGAACACGACGUUCUUGGACGGAACUUCGUGGUGCGUGGCUAAGCCAGGAGUGUCCCAGAUCGAUCUACAAAACGCGUUGGACUGGGCGUGCGGAUUGGGGAAGGCCGACUGCAGAGCCAUCCAAAAGGGAGGGCGUUGCUAUCAACCGGACACUCUGUUUUCUCAUGCCUCUUAUGCGUUUAAUAGCUAUUAUCAACAGAAUGGAAACUCUGAUAUUGCUUGCAACUUUGGUGGCUCUGCUACUUUAACCAAAAGAGAUCCAAGUUAUGGGAAAUGUGACUAUUCAGCAUCGAGGUCAACGAGCUCAGCACGUUCAAAGUGGAAGAAGAAUGGAAGGCAUGCGUGGCUGAAAUUGGUUGGUGGGAUUUUGAUGGUUAUGAAUUUAAAUUUAUUUUAAUAAUAAAUAGGGAGGGACUUAAAUGCAAAGGGAAAGGAGGGAGGGACUUAAAUGCAAAGGGAAAGGAGGGAGGGGUUUAUUAGCAAUAUUUUGUAAUGUAAAUUUUUAAUUUAGGUUACUUUUAUUCUU